AUGUCGUCGCAGAGAUGUAUUUCUAGCGUCCAGGCCAUUGAUGCGGACUUGGCUUCAGAUUCAGGAAUUGCAGCUCGUAAUUCAUAUGAGUUAAUGGCAAGGCAAGUUGGUUGUAAAGAAUCAGUUGGAUACAUUAAGCUGGACCAACAAAAUUAUAUAAGGACCCACAGACAGAAUGAGCUUCAAUAUGGUGAGGCAGCAUGGCUCACCAAUUAUUUUGUCACUCAUGCUUGUGAUGAUCCUUCAUUUUUCUAUGUCUUACAGUUGGAUGCUGAACAGAUAAUAACCAAUAUAUUCUGGGCAGAUCCUAAAAUGAUAAUUGAUUAUGGCCAUUUUAGAGAUGUUGUAACUUUCGACACUACAUACAAACUUGUACAUGGCAACCGUCCCUUUGCAUUGUUUUUGGGUGUUAAUCAACACCGGGAGACGGCUGUAUUCGGGGCAGCCCUUAUGUAUGAUGAGACGGCAGAUUCUUUUGUGUGGUUAUUUGAUACUUUUUUGAAAGCGAUGUCCGGAAAAACACCAAAGACAAUUUUGACUGAUCAAGAUGCAGCAAUGGCGAAGGCUUUUGUGUAG